AUGUUACCUGAAUCAAAUAGAGAGCAUAGGCAAGUCAGCCUACAAGAUGCGACGAAGCAACUGGAAGCAGUGGCAUUUGUGCCUGCCAAACAACGAUAUACAGAUGCCGGGCAACUGGCCAAAACAAUUGCUGCUAACGCGUAUGAGAGUGGGAUGCCUCCAGAUACUCUCAAGCGCUUGGUGAAGAUCCUUACCGCGAGGAACCAGCUCGACCAGGGCACAAUUACGAUUAUUGUCAAAAACCUGUACCCUUCAGAAAGGGUCUCAUCGACAUUAGUUACGCAGGUUGUGUGUUGUCUGGGCCCAAGCAAGACUAAGCCGGCCCCUGCAACGCAGGCGUUGCUAUUACGAUGGCUGAUUCUCGUGUAUGAUGUGCUGGAGGAGAAGUCUCACUUGUCCAAGCUGUAUGCAGUGCUGUUCAACUGUCUUGAUAUGAUAAGUCUGCGCAAGCCCUUGUGCCAUCUUCUCUCUUUUAUUACCAGGCGCAAGCAUGUGAAGCCUUUCCGAAUCCAGUCUCUCAUGGAGUUGGUUGCUAAUUCCGGGGGUGAAGAAAAAGAGCUGAUUGCAUUACUGAAGGCUUUUAAAAACUAUUGCCCUGAUGUUAUCGUGGGAGACCUAGGGGCUUCUAGCAGGAAGGGUCUGUUUUUCAAGCACCCAGACCCCGAAUGGUCUAGCCAUGUAAGAUUUCUUCAUGAUGCCAACCUAGAAAGGGUUCAGGCGGCCCAGUCUUCGAGCAUCCAGGCGGUCUAUCGUGGAUUAGCAAAGAGGAGUAAGUUAGAGGUUAUCGUUCCUGUUAUGCAGACCUCCCGGGUGUCGUAUAAUCACACGUCCUUGGAAGAAUUGCGGGACACUGGCCACUUUGUCGAAAAGCUAGACAAAAUCGAGCUCCCCAACCAGAUCAUAUCCGCCCUUGGAGAUAGCAUAGCCCAGAAGUACCUCUUCUUGGCUCAACCAGAUGCCGCAAUCCGCAGGUUAGAUGAUUGGUUAAGAGCCUUCCUCGACGACAAACUAGAGUAUAUUCAAGAUCAUGACGAUGACGAGAUUGAGUCUCUGGGCUAUGUGCUGAGUCUCUUGGUAGAGUAUAUACGAUACACUAAGGAGAUGCCCCCGGCGAUCAUUUCUUUCUUGAAGACAAAUUUGAGGUCGUGGAAUGGCCGAGAUCAUAAAGAGCAGAUUUUUGGCCUCCUCGAAUACGUCCCCAUCGACAAUUAUGACUCCAUACGAAGCGAGUUCCUGGCACGAUUGGAGUCUGCCAUACUAGGGGACACCUCUCCAUCUCAGAGUGAUUUGCUUGAUUUUUACACUUCUCUCAUCCGUCAGUGGGGGGUUAGGCUGAGGGCACAGUCAUUUACCAUGGAGGAGUCGCGUCCUCUGGCUCGUCUUAUUUCACAUGCAGAACUUUUGGCACUAUCGAUCCUGGAGUGCCCACCAAUAUUGCAACACACCUCUGAGACUGGGGCUGAGAGCUCCAAGCCCGUAACAUUGUCGGUCCUUGAUUUUUAUUGCAACUUGGCCGAGUUGUUUUCCCAUGCGGCUGUGAAUGGGAGCAUCCGUCUGACGAUUCCGCUGGCUCCUACUGUCUACACCCUUGUCUUUACACCCAUUAAUUCCGUGAUUUCCAUCAUCAGCUCGGUCCUCGCAAGCUACAAGUCGUCUUUUGAAGCGUCUCUGACAUCUCAGGUUCUUCAAACCCCGGCCUCAUCCGAAUCGCUCUACCCUACCCAGCUGGUGGGACAAUUCAACGGAUAUAUCAUGGACAUCUGCAAUCUGCUUUGGCGAAAUCGGGGGUUUAAUGCAGAGGAUCCGAAUGCAUUGGGAUGUUUAAUACCAGCCUCCACUGUCGCCGCAUUCACGCGAUACCUCCGGGAGAUGAAUGACGCUUCGAAGGAAAGGCAGCCCGAGGUUGCUUUGCCCUACACACUAAUCUCAAUCUGCUCCCUCAGUCACCAUAUUGCCCUGUGCAAUAUGUCGGCCGCUUGCUUUUCUGACAUCGAGGAGGAGAACAAUGUAGGCGAAGACCAGCCCCGGCUGAAGAGACCAGUCACUCAGAAAGCAUUGAGUGCUUUGGAGAAGGAAGGUGGUGUUAAGCUAGGCUGGCAGGAGUACCGGGUGAGGAUGCUUGAAUGGCUGGAUGCGACAGGUAGCGUUGGAAUUGGAAACCUGAUGCGCAGUACAAUGAAGGCGUUGCGGAAGGAAUAG